AUGGCAGACUUUGUCCUUCCUCAAUUACACCGGCGAGCGCACUGGGGUGGCGCGGAUGAUGUGAGAAGGCGCCGAGGCGCUCCGAUUCAUUCAGAGCGCCAUGUCAAGAUAAUUUGUAUUGGUGCUGGCGCAUCUGGCCUACUGUUUGCAUACAAGCUACAAAGGAGCUUCCGAAACUUUGACCUUACGGUAUAUGAGAAGAACGAAGAAGUUGCUGGGACGUGGUGGGAGAAUAACCCUGGAUGCGCGUGCGAUGUACCAGCUCACAACUAUACCUGGUCUUUCGAGCCCAAGCUAGACUGGUCUGCCGUCUAUGCUGGAAGUGGCGAGAUCUUCAAUUACUUCCACCACUUCGCGAAGAAGUACAGUCUUCGAAAGUACUGCAAAACACAUCACCAAGUCAUCGGUGCAACUUGGAACAAUACUAGAGGAGGGUACGAUGUAGUAGUCCAACAUACGGCCACUAGAGAAACGUUCUCUGACUAUUGCGAUAUUCUCAUCAAUGCAGGGGGGAUCUUAAACGCUUGGAGAUGGCCUGCGAUUCCUGGUCUAGACAAGUACAAGGGGACACUGGUUCACACUGCUAACUGGGAUGGCAAUGUCGACCUGACUGGAAAGCAUGUUGGUUUGAUUGGUAAUGGCUCCUCUGGCAUUCAAGUUCUACCUACAAUCCAGCCACAUGUUCAAAAAGUCACCACCUUCAUCCGCGAGCCUACAUAUGUCUCACCUGUGCAAGGACUCGAGCAGCAUGUAUUCACUCCUCAGGAGCUCCAUGACUUCGCCAACAGGCCCGGCUCACUCCUUCAGUACCGAAAGCAAGUAGAGACCGGUUUGAACGGUCAAUUCAGCCUCUUUUUGAAAGGGAGUAGCACUCAAGAUGACACAAGAGCCUAUAUGAUCGGCCAAAUGAAGCAGAAACUUAACAACAAGCUCCUUGAGGAUAAGUUGAUCCCUAGUUGGUCCUUGGGCUGCAGGCGACUCACUCCUGGUGUUGGAUACUUGGAGUCACUGACGAAGGAGAACGUCGAAGUCGUGUAUGGCGGUAUAAAGGAGAUCACAGAGAAGGGCUGUUUGUGUGAGAAUGAUCAGGAGUAUCCAGUUGACGUCUUAAUCUGCGCAACUGGAUUUGAUACCACGUUCAAACCAAGAUUCCCCCUCAUUGGACCAAGUGGCAGCAACUUACAAGACGAAUGGGUGAAUGAGCCAAAGUCUUACUUCGGUCUUGCUGCAGCCGACUUUCCCAAUUAUCUGAUCUUCCUUGGCCCGAACUGUCCCAUCGGCAACGGACCAGUCCUUUCCGCGAUCGAAGUCCAAGCAGACUGGAUGCUCGCGGUCAUAGACCGAUACCAAACGUCGAAUAUCCACAGUAUCGCUCCCAAGCGAGAGGCAGUCGACGACUUUGUCGCCUGGAAGGACGAGUUCAUGAAGAGCACGGUUUGGGCCGACCCGUGCAGAAGCUGGUACAAGGCAAACCAAGCAGAUGCACCUGUGACAGCACUGUGGCCUGGAUCGACGCUACACUACAUCGAGGCUCUAACAGAAGUCAGGUGGGAUGAUCUCGAGGUCAAGUACAACAGCAACAGAUUUACCUGGCUUGGCAAUGGGUUCUCGCAGUGUGAGUCCGAUCCGACAGCAGACUGGGCGUAUUAUAUAAGAGAAUAUGAUGAUCAGGAAUAUCAGUCGAGAGGUAGGAGGAGGGAGAUUUUGACCCGGUCGGGGACAAUUACGGAGAGAGCUGGCGCUGUCAACUUCACAGGGAACACCGAGUUGCAUGCCAACUUAUAG